CCUAAAAAUUAAAGCAUUUAACUUUUAGUUGUUGUUCCUUUACAAUGUCAGCAUAUCUCAGACCUCUGCAGACUUUCGACCACGUUUAAUGAAUCUAUUUCAUUAAUAACGAACUUCCUGUGUAGAUGUUUGGCAUGCCUGUGAAAUGUGAGCAAACACAGUCCCAUCUAUUUCUGUCACUGCUGUCCUGCCGGAUACUGCUGCUGGCCUGAAAAGGCUGUCUAAGAACCAAACGGCUCCCUUAAAUUCUCAGUUUCAGGACACUAACAGAUACUUAAGCCUCAGUCCUCGCCUGAGUCCUUGUCAUCAUGGACUUGUAUGAGAUCAGAGGAGGCGGGCUGGGUGUAAUUGCAGAGGAAGCCGAGCUCCAGGAGUUAAGCAGAGAGUCUACUGCUAUGGAGACCUACAAUGUAGGCUCACCUCCAUCUCCCACUGCAGCAGAAGAUGGAAGUGAUGGUGAGGAGGAUGCUUUUAAGGAGGGAGAAACUGAGGGGGAGAUCAUCUUGAUUCGCGAUCAGCUGCAAGAGAAGGUUGCAGAGAUGGAGAGCUUUGCUGGUCAUCUGGAAGAGAUCUUCCUUACAGUGGAGGAGAAUUUUGGCCGCCAAGAGCAGCACUUGGAGCAGCACUACAAUGACGUGCUGCAGACACUGUCUCAGCGACAGGAUGAGAGCGCGGCAAGGUUGGAGGAGGAGAAGAAGAGUAAGCUGGAAGCCCUGUACGGUCAGCUGCUGGCCUGUGGUCAGGCACUCGAUGCCUCCAAGGAGCUCAUCGAGACAGCGCAGGAGGUCUACCGCAGCCAGGACAAGAGGCUUCUUUUGAAGACAGUUAUGCCCACAAUUAAAAGAAUCGAGGAGUUUGCCAAAGACGAGGUUGACCUCACGCUGUCUACAUGUCUUGAAUUCAACACACCGCUCGCUGACCUGUCGGAUGUCAAAACCAUGAUGGACUCGAUCAACGUUGUUCCAGCUCCAUCUGCCCCAGUAAUCAAUCCCCAGAUGCCCAACUCUGCCACUCAGACAUCCCUGCGCGUGUGCUGGAGCUUGUUCUCUGAUGACACAGUGGAGUACUACGAGCUUUACUACAGGCCGGUGCUGGAGGAUACACCAGCAGACAGCACCUUCACACCGCAGGUGAGCAAGGUAACGUUGAAGGAGACGCACUGCACUGUUGCAGAUUUGCUGCCCAAUGCUCAGUACGAGCUCUGGGUGACGGCUACCAAUACCACAGGCAUCAGCCCAGCCAGCGAGAAGGCCUUAUACAUGACGGUGCCAUCACCUCCAGUGAUUAAGCAGAGGGAGUGCAGUAGCUGUCCAGAGGCUGCUCUGAUCCGCUGGGAGUCAGGAAACACCAACCCCGUAGACUCCUACACGGUGGAGCUCAGGGAGAUGGGUGCAGACGGCACAGAGAGUAGCAUUACCGAGUCUAUUGUAGCAGUGCCCACCUGUCAGUGUCUGAUCCAGCUGCAGCCAGGACAACGUUACCUCAUCUCUGUGAGAGCGGUCAACAUCGGAGGGCCCAGUGACAGGAGUGAACCAAUUACUAUCACCACGACAGGUACGUUUUUCUAUCUCCUGGAGGACACUGCCCAUCCUUGCCUGUCCAUCUCUGAAGAUGGCUUCACAAUCUUUUAUGGAGAUGAAGAACUUCCCAUAAGUGCCAUGGCCUUAGAUGACAACACCUUUACCAGAUGUGUAGCUGUCCUUGGGGAUCUGAUUCCAGUGCGAGGAAGGCAUUACUGGGAAGUUGAGGUGGAUGAUGGGACAGAGUUCCGGAUCGGAGUUGCCUAUGAGGACACAGAGAGGAACUCGUAUCUUGGGGCCAACAGUACCUCGUGGUGUAUGAGACACAUCCUGAGUCCAUCCAGGCAUAAAUACGAGUUUCUGCACAACGGCUGGAGUCCUGACUUGAGGGUCACUGUGAACCCCGUACGGAUUGGAGUGGCACUCGACUACGACAGAGGGACUCUGUCUUUCUUUAACGUAAAUCUGGAACAACAUCUGCACACCUUCCACUGUCACUUCCAAAAUUACGUCCACCCCUGCUUUAGCCUGGACAACCCGGGAGCGCUUACUGUACACAACAGCAUAGAAGCUCCUGAAUACACAUUCAUCUGACAUCAGAAGUAUCAAGAAGAAAUAAAAACCCAGGCAACAAGGACAAAACAAUUAUCGACUUUAAUACUUACCAAAGUGCUCGGUGACAUCGAACAAAACCAAUGUUUGUAACGCCAAUCUCCAUUAAAAACUGAACUUUCUCACUAAAGACAA